GGUACGCGCUCGCUGCGUCGACGUGCUGACGCCAUGACGCCUCGGCCGGUGUGUAUCGGUGUGUGUGUAUGUGUGUGAGUGUGCGCGCUCCAUUAGUGUGUGUGUGUGUCUGUGUGUGUGUGUGUGUGUGUGUGUGUAUUUGUGUAUCGGCGGUCCCGCAGGUCCCGGAUGUUGCGGACAGUAUGAGGCGAAAGCAGGGGGACGGGGACCAGCAGCUGUCGCCGCCGCUUUCAGAGAUUUCCUGUUAGACAAGACAAAUUAGAGCUUUCCUACUGACUUAACUUGUGCAAAUGGUAUGUAAAAUUGGAAGUCAUAUAAGGACAUCUAAAUGACAAGAAGGAGCCAGCUGUGGAAAGAUCUGAAGGAAGAAAGAGCUUUCCAGGUGGAGGAAAGAGCCUGAUGUGUUCACCAAAUAGAAUUAAAGGCCUGAGUGACUGAAGCAUGGUGAUUGAGAAAGGGUGAAGAGAGAACAGAAAUCUUUGUCCCCUGACUUUCGAAAUCUCGUUUAACCUUCAAACUGGCGAUGUCAAGGGUUCCAAGUCCUCCACCUCCGGCAGAAAUGUCGAGUGGCCCUGUAGCUGAGAGCUGGUGCUACACACAGAUCAAGGUAGUGAAAUUCUCCUACAUGUGGACCAUCAAUAACUUUAGCUUUUGCCGGGAGGAAAUGGGUGAAGUCAUUAAAAGUUCAACCUUUUCAUCAGGAGCCAAUGAUAAACUGAAAUGGUGUUUGCGAGUAAACCCAAAAGGGCUAGAUGAAGAAAGCAAAGAUUACCUGUCACUUUACCUGUUACUGGUCAGCUGUCCAAAGAGUGAAGUUCGGGCAAAAUUCAAAUUCUCCAUCUUGAAUGCCAAGGGAGAAGAAACCAAAGCUAUGGAGAGUCAACGGGCAUAUAGGUUUGUGCAAGGCAAAGACUGGGGAUUCAAAAAAUUCAUCCGCAGAGAUUUUCUCUUGGAUGAGGCCAACGGGCUUCUCCCUGAUGACAAGCUUACCCUCUUCUGUGAGGUGAGUGUGGUACAAGAUUCUGUCAACAUUUCUGGCCAGAAUACCAUGAAUAUGGUGAAGGUUCCUGAGUGCCGGUUGGCCGAUGAGUUAGGAGGACUGUGGGAGAAUUCCCGGUUCACAGACUGUUGUUUGUGUGUUGCCGGCCAAGAAUUCCAGGCUCACAAAGCUAUUUUAGCAGCUCGUUCUCCAGUUUUUAGUGCCAUGUUUGAACAUGAAAUGGAAGAGAGCAAAAAGAAUCGGGUUGAAAUCAAUGAUGUAGAGCCUGAAGUUUUUAAGGAAAUGAUGUGCUUCAUUUAUACGGGAAAGGCUCCAAACCUCGACAAAAUGGCUGAUGAUUUGCUGGCAGCUGCUGACAAGUAUGCCCUGGAGCGUUUAAAGGUCAUGUGCGAGGAUGCCCUCUGCAGUAACCUCUCUGUGGAGAACGCAGCAGAAAUUCUCAUUCUGGCCGACCUCCACAGCGCAGAUCAGCUGAAAACUCAGGCAGUGGAUUUCAUCAACUAUCAUGCUUCAGAUGUAUUGGAGACCUCUGGGUGGAAGUCAAUGGUGGUGUCACAUCCCCACUUGGUGGCUGAGGCAUACCGCUCUCUGGCUUCAGCACAGUGCCCAUUUCUGGGACCCCCACGCAAGCGUCUGAAGCAGUCGUAAGAUCCUGCGUGUUGUAAGACUCCAUUUAUUUUCCAGAAGCAGCAGCCACUGUUGCUGCCACUGACCACCAGGUAGACAGCGCAAUCUGUGGAGCUUUUACUCUGCUGUAGGGGGAAAAGACUGCGUCGUGGCCCCAGACUUUUAAAACAGCACUAAAUAAACUUGGGGGGAAAGGGGGGAGGGAAGGGCCGGGGACUCGGGGCUGUUCAACCUAAUGAAAACCCUGUCACUGCGUCACUGUGUUCCCUUUGGCCUGGUGGAGUUCGAUCCUGUGGGGAUUCAGUUUAGGCGCUGGCCUUGAGGACACCCCAGCGGUGGUACUUCGGAGAUACCUGUCUGCAUCUGACUGAGCAGAACAAAUCAUCAGGUGCCUGGAGCAAAA